UGUGUGCAGCUGGACGGAGACUCGGUGAGGAGAUGCAGUUCGGCUGGAGGAUCGCCGUAAUGCUGCUGCUGCUGCCAGCUGUGUGUGAGGCUCAGAGCGGAGAUGGAGACAGCGACAUGGAGCCCAGAAUCAGCUGCACAUCUCACAUCAUGAUGAAAAGAUGCAAUUUGACCUGCAAGCUGCUUGAAGGCAGAAAUGAUGACGAGGAUGAUGAAGAGGGUGGAGGUGAUGGAGGCGACAGCAUUGAGAGGAUGACCCUGUGCUACCUUGAUUACGACAUCAACGUAAUGGAGAAGUGCAUGGAGACAUCCAGUGACACAUUCAGCUCCCCAGACCUGAAGCCCUUGUCGGAACUCAGUCUGACCGUCCACUUAAAGAGUGGUGGAAGGAUUUCACAAAAACUCUACCUGAAGAACAUAGUUAAACCAAUGAGUCCUCAGGUGUUUAACAUCACCUUCCAAGAAGAGUCUAACGAGGCUAAGAUUUGGAUUCAGAUUCCGUACCAAGACGACUACCUGAAAGUGAAAAACCAGGAAUUCCAGUUUCAGAUCGAGACAGCUGGGGAAAUCAUGAUUCAGAACACCCCAUCCCAGGACUUCAUAAAUAUCGACAUGGGACACCUUAAAAAAGGCUCAAAGUAUUAUGUCAAAGUGCGAGCGCGAACACUCCCAGAGAUUUUUCAGGGCACGUGGAGUGAGUGGAGUGAAACGUUCACUUUCCUUACCCCUGAAAACCCCCAGAAGCAGAACAGUGGAGUACAGGUGGAAGUGUACCAAGUCGGAGUGUGUCUGGUCUGUCUGCUGGUGGUGACCUUUAGUAUCAUCAUCCUCUGGAAAAACAAGAUAUUUUCCUACAUGUGGCCAAGCAUCCCGCAUCCUAAACAGACUCUGGUGCAGAUCUGCAAGCCGAACAACCCUCUGUUGCUGACCUUCAGACCUGAGGUGCUCAGUGAUCUCAAAGUCUACCCUGUGGAGACGACAGCGCGUGAGGAAACAGAGCCUGCGAUCAGUCCUGCAUCUGCUGCUGCUUACGGCACUCAGUCGAGCGAACCCUGCUCCACCCAGAGCUCAGAUUGCAGGAGUACUGCCAGCGCCAGCACCGAGGAGCUGGAGCUCUCUGCCUUGUUGAGCAGGAGCUCGUCUGAAGCCGAGGACAGCCUGUCGAGCAGCAGUCCUUCCCCCAUUGACAUCCUCCAGCUUGGGGAAAGACCUGAGCAGCCUGAGCAACAAUUUGAAGUCAAUGACUUUGAGGUGUUUGGAGCAAAUCGGCAGGAGGAGGCUUACGUCACCAUGUCCAGUUUCUAUAAGAUCAAGUAGGUGAUGUAGUGGUGAGCUAACAGGAUCAGAGACUGUACUUAUCAAACUUCAGGAUGCUCUAAAGCAAAGAGCUUCCAACUUCACGAGAUCUUCAGAACAAAGUGAAAGAACAGAAAGACAAACAUGCUGCCUUUUUGUCCGGAUGUGCCUAUCUACCACUUACAUUUCACCUGGAUUUCAAUGACACUGGAGAACACAGAGAACGAAAUCUCUGGCAUUCAUUACCAAAAGAAAAAUCACUGAAUGGAGUGCUGAAGUUUGGUUCACUUUACAGAAAUCAAGCUUUUACUGGUGAAGUAUCUCAUCUGGAUUCCCAUUUGUGCAUAAACCU